AUGGUGACCCUGAGGAGGCGGACCCUCAAGGUGCUCACCCUCCUCGUCCUCUUCGCCUUCCUCACCUCCUUCCUCCUGAGCUACUCGCACACGGUGGCCACCACGGCCUGGCUGCCCCGGCAGCUGGUCCUGGAGCUUUCCGACGGCUUCCGGCGGCUGGUGGCCUUCCCGCGCCGGCCCUGCACCUGCGCCCGCUGCGUCAGCCAGCGGCGGGUCUCCGCCUGGUUCGACCAGCGGUUCAACCGGUCCAUGCAGCCGCUGCUGACCGCGCAGAACGCGUUCCUGUACGAAGACACCUACCCGUGGUGGCUGAGGCUGCAGGGGGAGAAGCAGCCCCAGGACCUGAACGCCACCUUCCGGGAGCUGUUCCGGGUGGUGCCGGGCAGCGUGGACCCGCUGCUGGAGAAGAAGGAGGCGGGCUGCCGGCGCUGCGCCGUCGUGGGCAACUCCGGCAACCUGCGGGCGUCCUGGUACGGCCCGCACAUCGACAGCCACGACUUCGUGCUCAGGAUGAACAAGGCCCCCACCGCCGGGUUCGAGGCCGACGUGGGGAGCAAGACCACCCACCACUUCAUGUACCCCGAGAGCUUCCGGGAGCUGGCGGACAACGUCAGCAUGGUGCUGGUCCCCUUCAAGACGCUGGACCUGCAGUGGGUGGUCAGCGCCACCACCACGGGCACCAUCUCCCACACCUACAUCCCUGUCCCUGCGAAGAUCAAAGUGAAGAAGGAGCAGAUCCUCGUCUACCACCCGGCCUUCAUCAAGUACGUCUUCGACAGCUGGCUGCAGGGCCACGGCCGCUACCCGUCCACCGGCAUCCUCUCCGUCAUCUUCUCCCUGCACGUCUGCGACGAGGCAGGUGACAGCAGCGACAUGUCUCGGGAGCUGCAGGACGUGGACCUGGCUGAGGUGAAGCCUCUGGUGGAGAAAGGGGAGACCAUCACCGGCCUCCUGCAGGAGUUUGAUGUUCAGGAACAGGACGUCGAGACGCUGCAUGGCUCCAUCCACGUCACGCUGUGCGGCACCCCCCGGGGCAGCCGGCCCGUCAUCCUCACCUACCACGACAUCGGCAUGAACCACAAAACCUGCUACAACCCCCUCUUCAACUCCGAGGACAUGCAGGAGAUCACCCAGCACUUCGCCGUCUGCCACAUGGACGCCCCCGGCCAGCAGGACGGCGCCCCGUCCUUCCCUGUGGGGUACAUGUACCCGUCCAUGGACCAGCUGGCCGAGAUGCUGCCGGGAGUCCUGCACCAGUUUGGGGUGAAGAGCGUCAUUGGCAUGGGCACCGGGGCCGGCGCCUACAUUCUCACUCGGUUUGCUCUGAACAACCCCGAGAUGGUGGAGGGCCUGGUGCUCAUCAACGUGAACCCCUGUGCCGAGGGCUGGAUGGACUGGGCGGCCUCCAAGAUCUCCGGAUGGACCCAGGCCCUGCCGGACAUGGUGGUGUCCCACCUCUUCGGGAAGGAGGAGAUGCAGAACAACGUGGAGGUGGUGCACACCUACCGCCAGCACAUCAUCAACGACAUGAACCCCGGCAACCUGCACCUGUUCAUCAACGCCUAUAACAGCCGGCGGGACCUGGAGAUUGAGCGGCCGGUGCCGGGCGUGUCCACAGUCACCCUGCAGUGUCCGGUGCUGCUGGUGGUCGGGGACAGCUCGCCCGCCGUGGACGCUGUGGUGGAGUGCAACUCAAAGCUGGACCCAACCAAGACCACCCUCCUCAAGAUGGCGGACUGCGGCGGCCUCCCGCAGAUCUCCCAGCCAGCCAAGCUCGCCGAGGCGUUCAAGUACUUCGUGCAGGGCAUGGGAUACAUGCCCUCCGCCAGCAUGACCCGCCUGAUGCGGUCCCGCACGGCCUCGGGCUCCAGUGUCACGUCGCUGGAGGGGUCCCGCAGCCGCUCGCACACCAGCGAGGGCACCCGCAGCCGCUCCCACACCAGCGAGGGCACCCGCAGCCGCUCCCACACCAGCGAGGGCGCCCGCCUGGACAUCACCCCCAGCUCCGGGGCCACCGGGAACAGUGCGGGGCCCAAGUCCAUGGAGGUGUCCUGCUAG